AUGCCUCUCUUGACUGCACCCAAAUACACAGCUGAGCAGGUCCCAGACCAUCCCCACGGGGCUCCUGCACCGGUAAAGAUCAUUCACAUUGGUGCUGGUGCUUCUGGCUUGUUGUUCGCUCACAAAGCCCGGAAGUUUUUGAAGAACUACGAACUCAUCUGCUACGAGAAAAACAGCGUCAUCGGAGGCACGUGGUAUGAGAAUCGAUAUCCCGGCUGCGCCUGCGAUGUGCCGGCACACAACUAUACCUAUCCUUUCGAACCCAACACAGAAUGGAGUGGGUUCUACAGCUAUGCCGGCGAGAUCCAGGACUAUUUCGUCCGCUUCGCCAAAAAGUACGAUGUUGAAAGUUACGUGGUGUUCAACACCGAAGUCAAGCAGGUCACGUGGAGCGAGGAGCAAGGCAAAUGGCAUGUCAAUCUGCAGAAAGCCGACGGCGGUUUGUUCACCGACAGCUGCAACGUUCUGGUGAAUGGCGCAGGCGUCGUCAAUAGGUGGAAAUGGCCCGAUAUCGACGGUCUACAUGACUUCAAGGGGACCCUGGCUCACUCCGCCGACUGGGAUCCAAACAUAGAUUGGAAGGGCAAAAGGGUUGCUCUGAUUGGCACCGGAUCAAGCUCGAUCCAAAUCUUGCCCGAAGUCCAGCCCGGCGCUGAGCAUGUGACCGUGUUUAUUCGGAACCAAUACUACGUUGCACCGACUGGGAUCACUCUCUCAAACAAGGAGGCGGAUCCUGAAGCCAUGGAGCCAGGUGGCCCUUCAGCGCACCGUUACACCGAGACGGAAAAGCAGAAAUUUCGAGAUGAUCCCGAGUAUCUCCUCCAGUACAGACGCAAGAUUGAACGCCACAUGGCCAGUGGUUUUCGCUUGUUCUUUCGCGGCAGUGAACAAAACCUACAGGCCAAAGCAGGCAUGAAGAUGUAUAUGGAGCAUCUUCUCGGCGACAACGAGGAGUUAAAGCAAAGGAUCAUUCCGCAGUGGAGCCCUGGCUGUCGUCGGAUCACACCCGGAGAGGGAUACCUACAAGCCCUCUUACAGAAGAACGUCUCGCCGGUGUACAGCGCCAUUGUCAAAGUCAUUCCGGAGGGAAUUGUGACUGCCGACGGAGCGACACACAACGUGGAUAUCUUGAUCUGCGCUACUGGAUUUCAAGUCCAGUUCCUCCCAUGGUUCAACAUUGUUGGCCUGGGGGGACGUGUCAUGCAAGACUAUGAACCCAAUGUCUAUGGAUCGAUCUCCGUCCCACAUUUCCCGAAUUACUUCAUCGUCAAUGGUCCGCGCGGUAACUGGGGUCAAGGGUGCUCGCUUCCUACUCAUGAGGUUCAAGUGGAGUAUAUCAUUCAGAUGGUGAAGAAGAUCCAAGAAGAUGGCAUCAAGUUCGUCCAACCCCGAGAGGAUUUGACCUUCCAGCUCAAUGAAUACAUGGAUGCAUGGCACAGGAAACACUCCGUCUGGGCCGAGGACUGCAAAAGCUGGUACAAGGAUAACAAGCGGGAUGGAAGAGUGUAUAUUUGGUCUGGCAGUAUGCAGAGUCUGAUGAAAUUCCUGAAGCAUCCGAGGCUCGAACACUAUGAUGUCGUGUACAAAGAUCCCGGGAAUGUGUUCCAGUUCAUGGGAAACGGCUGGACAGUUAAUGAGUGGGAGAACAUGGAGACGGGUAACAUUCCCGUUGAUUACAUCAGAAAUGAUGAGGAUGCCCCUUACAACAUCGAAUAG